UAGGUUUGAUUGCUAUUGUGAAUUUGUAUUUGCAUCGGGUUAGCCCGUAUUGAAAACUCUUUCAUCAGAAUUCUACACAAUAAGGUCAAUAACAAUAUUGACUUCAGUCACUAUCGCCUGUGCGUCAUUGUUUCCAGCCAUUAGUUAUCUUAAAAACUAGACAUAAAAAUACGUGAUAAAACUGGAAUUUCAAAAACGUAUAUUGUAAAAGUUUGAUAAAGAUGUAUUUUCUACAAAUUCAAUUAAAAUUGUUCAAUGCAGCCAUUAUUACAGUCAGUGUUGAAGAAAUGUCAGAUUCUGAUUUAAUCCUUUAACCUUGUCUUAAUAACGGCAAUUUGUCAUUUGAAUUUUGGUAUUGUGAUUGAUUGUAUGAAUCAGCUGGAGUUGGAGCGGUCGCGGGGGAGGUUAUAAAGGCCUCGUUAGCUAUGUGAAUGGUGUUCGUACUUCGUAGUUCGUGCUCACUGCUCAGUAAUCGCGGAUACUUUGCCGUUUGACAACGUCGAAUUGUAUGACAAGCGCGUCUUAUCACGUAAUAUAAUAAUCUAACACAAACACAGUUUGAACUAAACUGCAACAGUUGAAUUAUAAAAUACUUCUUUUGUUUACUAAUAUUGAACACAAGGUUAUUUAAGAACGAAAGUGCAAGUGAGUUAAAAAUAAAUUGUAAUGCCAUGAGGUAUCAAGUGAUGGCAAAUGGAACGUCAGAUAUUCCCGGUAUGAGUAAUGGCUCUUCUUACGGAAAAGGAGAUAGAUAUACUGCGGCUCCUAACGAGAUCUUUGUGAACAGAUCUCUCCAUUUAGAAAAUGUAAAAUUUUAUGGCUUUGAUAUGGAUUACACUCUGGCUGAGUAUAAAUCGCCGCAGUAUGAGACAUUAGGAUUCAAUCUUACCAAAGAAAGGCUAGUACAUAAGGGAUAUCCGCAGGAAAUUUUGGAAUUUGAAUAUGACCCCUCGUUUCCUGUUAGAGGUUUGUGGUUUGAUACCUUGUAUGGAAAUUUGUUAAAAGUCGACGCGUACGGCAACAUUCUUGUAUGCGUGCACGGAUUUGAAUUUUUGAAACAUUCACAAGUAUACGAAUUGUACCCAAAUAAGUUUUUAACAUUGGACGAGUCAAGAGUGUAUGUGCUAAACACGUUAUUCAAUUUGCCGGAAACAUAUCUGAUUGCUUGUCUGAUUGACUUCUUCACAAACUCACCUCAGUACGCAAGGGAAAAAACUGGAGUACGAUGCGGAGAUUUAGCUAUGUCGUUCAAAUCGAUAUUUCAAGACGUUAGAAAUGCGGUAGACUAUGUUCACAUUCAUGGGGACUUGAAGAAGAAAACCAUAGAAAAUCUAGAUCUGUAUUUGAAGAAAGACAAGAGGCUCCCAACUUUCCUUUCAAGGAUAAGAGACAGCGGUGCGAAAUUAUUCAUUCUGACGAACAGUGACUACAACUUUACAGACAAAAUCAUGAACUAUUUGUUCGAUUUCCCUCAUGGCGCUAAGCCCGGCGAUCCUCACAGGAAUUGGAGGACCUACUUUGACUGGAUCGUGGUAGAUGCUAAGAAGCCCCUAUUCUUCGGCGAGGGCACAACUCUUCGGCAAGUGGACACACGUACGGGGGCACUCAAAAUGGGACACCAUGUUGGACCUCUGCAUGAGGGUCUUGUGUAUUCUGGAGGAUCCUGUGACGUAUUCACUGAACUGAUUAGCGCCAAGGGCAAAGACGUAUUGUACAUCGGUGACCACAUAUUCGGAGACAUCUUGAAGUCCAAGAAGAUUGGUGGAUGGCGUACAUUCCUCAUAGUUCCAGAGUUGGUCCAAGAGCUUCAUGUAUGGACAGACAAGUGCCAAUUGUUUGCUCAACUCCAAAAUUUGGAUAUACAACUCGGAGAUAUGUACAAAGAUCUCGAUUCGAGUACAAAAGAGAAGCCGGAUAUAUCCAAAUUGCGUGCGGCCAUUCGUGACGUCACACACAAGAUGGAUCUUGCUUAUGGUAUGCUCGGGUCGCUCUUCCGCUCCGGGUCCAGACAGACUUUCUUCUCGUCACAGGUGGUGAGGUACGCAGACUUGUAUGCAGCAUCAUUCCUUAACCUGAUGUACUAUCCCUUCUGCUACAUGUUCCGUGCCCCGGCUAUGCUCAUGCCCCACGAGUCUACGGUCGCACACGAACAACGAUUCACAGUUGAUACGCCCACUAUUGACAGAUCGCGACAAACGUACGCCCAACGCGCUCUCAGCGCUACCUGCGUGGCCGAGAUUUCCUCUGAUGAAGCUGCUGGAUCACAGGACUCGGACAGCAAGAACUCUACAGUACCUCAUGUCCGUCCAGAGACGCCCCGGCAACUGACUCACACACACGACGAAGAUUGCUCUGACGAUGAAGAUGUUUCUAAGGGGUCACACAAAUAAAACAAGGUACAAUAGACAACCGAUGCAGAUACACUGGCCUGGUUUACGUUAUGAAUAUAAUUUUUUCCCUUUAAACUUUAUGUUAAAACCAAAUGUUUAAUGUAUAAAAAAAAUAUAUUAACCAUAUUAGACAUCCAUUUGUCCAAGGAUGUCCAAGGAUAAUGAUGGAUGAUUUUUAGUGUCAAAAUGUUUAUUAUUAUAACCAAACGUUUAGGCCCUUUUUUCUUGAUUUUUUUAUGCGCUUUAAUAAUAAUUAACGUUUUUUCAAAGUGAGCUUUGUUUUCAUAUGAAUAAUUUUAUGCGCUAGAUUGGCGCAAACAAGGUUCAUGGUUAAGACCUUCGAGCGUCCUCAUUGUUUACAAAAGUCGUCAUUUGCCAGGUUCCCAAUUCCCUCACUAUAGCGGACAUUUUCGGCUGGUCAAGAUUUAAAAAAAGCGUGGCAGCAUUUUUUGGCUUUUAACAAUUAGUUCUAGUAUGUUUUGUUGGACAAUGGCUUAUUUAUUCUACUUUUACAAUUAGGUUUACAAACAAGAAGUUUGUGUAACAGUUGCAAAUUUAUCCGUGAAGCACAAUCUUGAAAUUUAAUAAUGCGUUUCUAGUGGAAUUUAUAAGUCAUUGUAUGUUGUGUUUUGUAAGAUUUAUGUUUAUAAUAAAUUUUAUUUUUUGUUGUGAAAUAUUCACAAUUGGUAUAUUUUUUAAGGUAAGUUCGUAUGUCAAUUUAUUACAAUAUUAAAAUAUAUAUAAUUAUAAAGCUAUAUAUUAUAAUUUUCAAUAUACAGUUAUCAGUAUAUAUAGUCACAUACUGCAUAAAAAUUAAUCAAAAUUCAGCGGCUCGAUGUUGUUUCUCUCUAUAUAAUACCUAGUAAAAGAUAGAGACAGACUACGUCAUGCUCUUUGAGUUCUUACGGAUUUGAAAAGGGAAUUCUUCAAUUACUGUACGCACAUGAUUAAUCUCUGAUAAUAAUUGUUAUAAGGUAGAGUUAAAAUGUAGCUAUAGGUGACACUAAGUGUAAAGUGGAGUCUAAAUUAAAAAGAAAAAAGUAUUUUGACAUUCUAAUUUCAAUAUUUCCAACGAUUUUCUUUCUAACUUUCAAAUUUUUGCGAGUGUCAAAGGAACCUCAAAUAAACACUAAAUGAAAAGAAUAAUCUAAAGAUAACAGUCAAACACGUACAACAUAUGAUUUAAAUCAAAGACAUGACUAUAAUGGCAAUACAUUUUCCAUGUGUAAUGCUUGCGAUCUCUAGUUUAUAAAUAGAAAGGACUAAGGCCGCCUCGGGUGUCAAACCCAAUACAACUUGAAUCUUUAUGUUCUAUUUUUGAAUCAAAAUAUCAUUCUCUAGGAAAGACUGUUGUGUCAAUUUUGGUAUUUUAUUCGAUGAUAAAAAAUGUUUGUUUCUAUAAAGUUAUUUUGUUCUAGCCAGUCUAGACUCCACUUAAAAUUGACUGAGCUGCACAUAUUAAUUGUUAUUUGUGAUUAGAUACGAGUAUUGUCCCUAACUAUUGAUUACAAGUAUGUGAUUAUUACUAGUGAUUUUAAUAUAUUUUUAAAUUACCAGAGUAAAAUUGAACACAAUAAAUAGAAUGAAUCAUA